AUGACUGAUGUUACAACUAUUCGACCUGGUACUGUAUUUGCAUGGUUUAUGCUCGUAUUGGUUGUUCGUCGUCUCGCUCUGAUUAUCAUGUUAAUAGUGACGCGACAAACACAACCAUUUCAACCAAGUGUACGACUUCCCGAAGAUGAUACACGCAAGAAAAAACAGAUGGUAAGCUCAGCGGAAUCGACUCCACAAAAUGAAGUCAAUAGAGAUGCACGUAUUAAUGGUGUUAUUACUAAUGAUGCAGAAAAUGAUACAUAUUUUCUUGUACUUCUGUUAGCAACGGCUUUAUUCUCUGAUUGGGUGAAUGGUAAUGUAAUACGAACGAUUGUCUAUGGUGCGAUCUAUGCAUUUGCUCGUAUUGUACAUUCUGUGACAUAUUUAUUGGCAUUGCAGCCUUGGAGAAGCUUGGCAUACAUGAUUGGCUUACUGUGCACAUUUGCUAUUAAUCUAGAUCUUGUUAUAACAAUGUCACGCCGUACAAACUGA